GAUUUUUUAAGUCAUAUCUUUCUUUUUAGGUUAUCUAAUAGUUGCCUGGACUUAAAAUGUUCAAAUUUUACCAAAAAAUUAUAUUACAGCAGUUCAAAGGAAUUAAUAGGACAGCCCACCUAAAUCGGCACAAUGGAUUUGCCACGGCCACAAUUGCCGAAACGAAAAAUAUCAACGCAGAGAAUAAUUCUGAAAGUGAAAAAGUUGGACCCACCAAUAGUGUUAAGGAAAACAAAAUGGUAAAAACCGUAUUUGCCUCAAUAAAUUUGGAUGUUAGUGCUGACCAUAUAAAAACUCCUUUUACCGAUACCAAAAUAUUUAACGCCAGUUCUGUUGAUGAACUUUUGUCCAUAUCUGAAGGAACUGGGAUCUCACGAAAACAUGCAUUAAAAGUAGUAUCAGUUUUAUCAAAUUGGACAUCUACAGAAAAAAUAAAGCUUAGUGAUUUUGAAAGAGAUCCUAGAUUCAUCAAAUUAUGUAAAAUCCUAACUAGAACAGGUCCUAAUGGAAAAAAUGGAAAAAGCCUUUCAGAAGUGAACAAAAGUGAAGAUUUAUCUACAGUUUUAAAUGUGACUGCCGAUGAAGAGGCAGCAAAAUUGGUUGGAAGCUUAACACUUCCACAAAUGAUUAAGGUUUUGGUCACUUUAUCGGUGAAAAGAAGACGUUCCACAUUUUUAUUGAGGGCGUUGGCGUACAAUAUCGCCGCCAGUCCAGAGCAACUCAAUAUAAAACAGUGCGCAGACCUAUUCUACAGUAUUGCUUCUUUAAAUUAUUACGACGAAAAUUUGUUCGAAAAAGCUGCAAAUAAUAUUAUAACUGUUCUUGAAAAGGAAGUCAUAAAGAGAAGCGCUGUAAUUGGUUCUAUACUCACAAGUGUCGGUCUAUUAAGGUAUAAGAAUCCAGCUCUCCUCGAUGCAAUUAGUGAAUGGAUUGUCAAAAAUAAUACCACUAGCAGGCCACAAGAUAUUUUUAGUUUAUUUAUGACGUUGGCCGUUUUAAAUUAUAUCCCUUCAAAUGCGGAUCAUCUUUUUAAGGUUUUAGUUCCGCAAUUGACCGAAGAAGAAGCGGGUAAACCAGGUGCCUGGUUGGAAAUAGUAUGGUCCUUAGUUCUGCUAAAUCAAGCAAAUGCAGACCACUUAAAAUCAGUGUUAAGCGAAGAAUUUAUUAAUAAACUGAAAGACAGAAGGUCCCUGACAACAUCAGCCAUAUUAAAACUGCUGAACAUAGAUGGUGCUGCCCAUUAUUUAAUAAAAAAUUACAAAGGUCCCCAAAUUCCCCAAAAUCACGAGAUAAGGAACACAUCAUUUUUAAUGACGAAGGAGAAAGAACAAGUUGUAAACUGUGUAAUUGAUACUUUAAAGAACCUUAUUCCAGAUAACUAUUUCCGAACGAGGGUAAAUACAGGAUUAGGGUUUUAUAUCGACGCAGAAUGUGCAGUAGAUAAGACGUGCAACCCGUUACCUAUUAAGAGCACACCGGAUAGCAAUCAAAUAAAGAUUGCUAUUUUGGCCUACGAUUAUCAUGACAUGUGUAAAGGAAGAUUCGGGCCGACAGGUAUCAACGUUUUAAUACAGAAGUUACUUUCCGCUUUGGGUUAUCGGAUAGUCACCAUUCCGUUUAACGAAUUCAUUGUAACAGACAAGAUAGUGAACAGAGUGCAGUAUUUAGAAAAUAAGCUUAAACAAGCUAUAAAGGAAUAGUUUUUUUUUAAAUACUUUUAAACAUUAAUAUAAAGUGUUACUAAUUUAUAUAAUAUUGUUUUUUUUUGUAAAUAAUAAAAUAUCAGUUUUUCUUAUUUA